AGUAGAUCCCAGAUCGAGUCGAUCCGCGCAGCCGGAACUCAGGUGCAGACAGUCCGCGUCCCUCAGCGGGUCCCCCCCGGAGCUUCCAGCCAUGGUGUUCGAGUCCAUGGUCAGCGACCUUCUCAACAGGUUCAUCGGGGACUACGUGGAGAACUUGGACAAGUCUCAACUGAAGAUCGGGAUCUGGGGAGGUGAGCCGCUGAAAAACUCUGAGAGAAAGAAACACAUAUUGUUUGAGUUCGAUGUUCCCUUCAAAGUAAAAGCGGGACAGAUCGGGAAGCUGACGCUGAAGAUUCCAUGGAAGAACCUGUACAACGAGGCGGUGGUGGCCACGCUGGAGGGGCUCUACCUGCUGGUGGUUCCUGGAGCCACAAUAAAGUACGAUGCAACGAAAGAGGAGCGUUACCAGCAGGAGGCCAAGCAGAGGGAGCUGCAGCGCAUCGAGGAGGCGCUGCAGGCCGCUGCACGCAGAGGUGAGGUCCAGCCGCAGAGCUGCUGUUUGCUCUCCUCAUGUUUCCUGUUUACUUCCUUUCAUUUCUACCUUUGCUGUUGCUCAAGAACCACAGACGAGAACUGGAAGCUCUGCAUUCUGAACGAGGCUGCAAAGAUCAUCUAUAAGCUGGGCCGUCUGGAGAGUCUCUGUGCCUACUGGAACGUGGACAGCCCCAUGUACUACAGGAGUUCAUGGCAGGACAUCGUAGACCAACUGAAGUCAGAGAUCAGCAGCAAAGAGCAGCAGAUGCCUCAUUAUCAGUACAUCUUCAAGCCGCUCUUUGCUUCGGCUAAAAUGUGCAUCAACCCGAAUGCAGAGAUGGAGCUGAAGUCUCCGAAGGCGAACCUUCAGCUGGAGGUGCAGAACAUCGGCAUCGAGCUGACCAAACCACAGUACCUCAGCAUGGUGGACGUACUGGAGUCCAUCGAUCUGAUGGCGAAGAACGCCCCCUACAGAAAGUUCAGGCCAGACGUUCCCGUCCAUAAAAGCAGCAAUCUCUGGUGGAGGUACGCCUUCAACAGCAUCAUGGAAGUGCACAUCAGGCGGGUCAGCCACAUGUGGUCCUGGUCCAAAAUCAAACGCCACAGGGAGAACCUGAGGGUCUACAAGGCCGCCUACAAGAGCAAGCUGCUGAGCCAGAACAAGCCGGGUCCAGAAACCGAGAGGCAGCUCCAGGAUCUGGAGAAAACCCUGGAUGUGUUCAACAUCACUCUGGCUCGCCAACAAGCCCAGAUGGAGGCCAUCCGGUCCGGACAGAAGCUGGCCGGGAAGAAGGCUGCGGGCCAGAAGCAGGGCUGGUUCAGCGGCUGGUUUGGGAAGAAGGGAAAGAAGGAGGAGCAGGAGCAGGAAGAGAAGGAGCCUGAGAGUUCAGGUCUGGAACAGCUGAUGACGGCUGAGGAGAAAGAAAAACUCUACACAGCCAUUGGCUACAGCGGCAGCUCCCACAACCUGGCUUUACCCAAAGAGUACGUUGGUGUGAUCAUCACCUUCCAGCUGCUGAGGACGUCGGUAACCUUCAGAGAGCAGCAUCACGUUCCAGAGAUCCUCAACAUCCAGAUGGUUAACCUCAGCACCAAAAUCUCUCAGAGACCUGGAGCUCAGGCUGUCAGGUUGGAGGCAGACUUGGAGCACUGGUACGUAACCGGCCUGAAGCAGCGGGACACGGUCCCCUCGCUCAUCGCCUCGGUGGGCGAUUCCUCCUCAUCGCUGCUCAGCGUGGCGUUCGAGCUGAACCCUGAGAAGGUCGGCAUUGACCAGCUGCUGGAGAUCCACUCCCAGCCUGUGGAGAUCAUCUACGAUGCGGUAAGCAGACCUCAGACUGUCCCCAGACUGUCCCCAGACUGUCCUCAGACUGUCCUCAGACUGUCCUCUGACUGUCCUCAGACUGUCCUCAGACUGUCCUCAGACUGUCCUCAGACUGUCCUCAGACUAUCCUCUGACUGUCCUCAGACUGUCCUCAGACUGUCCUCUGACUGUCCUCAGACUGCCCUCAGACUGUCCUCUGACU